GCUAGCGCGCAGAACCGAGGCAGCAGCAGCAGCAGCUAUCGCCUGCAUGUAGGCGCAUUGCUAGCGCGCUCAUAUGAAUGCACGAACGGAGAGCGUAGUGAGUGCUGCUUCUAGCGUGUACGGUGUUCAUUAAUGAACCUACCGAGUAGGUGUAUUAUAAUACUACUCGAGCCCAGCUUUGUGUGAUAUUCGACGAGUUCUCACCACCGGAUUAUUUUGUAACUGUGUUUUUGGAGGAGUCAUCCUUGAGACUUCGUGUGAGAGAUAACGCGGGCAGCAGCUGGAAUAUAGCCGAGCUAGGGGCGGAGCGAGAGUGCAAGACAUUCAUUCUCGCCCGUGUGGUAGUAGGCCUAGUCCCUCCUAAACGGGCAUCGUGGAGUUGAUUCCCUAGUCGGAUCUGUGAUGAAGGAUAACCUGCGACGUUGUAGUGACUGCAUGUAGUGACCGCCGCGUCGUGUGUGCGUCAAGGAGAGAGAGAGGGAGGGAGAGAGAGGGAGAGUGAGGCGCGAGGAUGAGGAGUCUCGCUGCCAUGGAUACGUGCACUGGCUGGAUGCUGCGUGGAUUGCUACUGCUGCUCGUAAUGUUGAGCGCUACACUGCGAGUGAACUGCGAACCGAGACAGGCACAGUCGCCACCGCGCAUGAUCGAACAUCCAUCCAGCAUCGUCGUACCGCGAGGUGAGCCGGCGACGUUGAACUGCAAAGCGCAGGGCAAUCCCGAGCCGACGAUCGAAUGGUUCAAGGACAAGGACGGCGUGAGAGACGCCGUUGAAACAGCGAGAGAGGAUCCGAAGUCGCAUCGUAUGCUCCUGCCCAGCGGCUCUCUCUUCUUCCUCAGGGUGAUACACGGCAAGAACAACAAACAAGAUGGCGGGACGUACUGGUGCGUUGCGAAGAAUAGUCUCGGCACGGUCGUCAGCAGAAACGCGACAUUGGAAAUCGCAGUGCUGCGUGACGACUUCCGGGACAGCCCGCGCGACGUGAAGGUCGCGGCGGGAGAGACGGCAGUGCUGGAGUGCGAGGCGCCGCGCGGAUACCCGAGCCCCGAGGUGUGGUGGAAGAAAGAUGGCCGCGAGAUACGCGGCGCCGCCGGACGCGUCAAGAUCAGCGACAACGGAAACCUGCUGCUCAAUGACGUGCGGCAGGCAGACGCCGGUGACUACAUUUGUGUGGCAGAGAACGUCGUAGGAAGGCGGGAGAGCGCCCCGGCUACGCUGUCUGUGCACGUGAAGCCGCACUUUGUGCGCGCGCCCGAGGACAUCACGGCGAUCGCUGGCGAGAGCGUUGAGUUUGCCUGCAUCGUCGGCGGCGACCCGAAGCCAACGAUCAUCUGGCAGCGCGAGGAAUCGAAGAUGCCCGUCGAGCGUUUAAGCCGCAAUAUGUACGGAGGUGAUCCAUCUCUACAAUGCUCGCGUGACGACUUCCGGGAGAGCCCGCGCGACGUGAAGGUCGCGGCGGGAGAGACGGCGAGUGAUGGAGUGGCGAAGGCCGCGCGGAUACGCCGAGCCCCGAGUGGUGGUGGAAAGAAAGAUGGCGCGAGAUACGCGCGCCGCCGGACGCGGUCAAGAUGCUAUAGCCGGCAACGAAACCUGCUGCUCAAAGCAUCACUGGGCGCCCAUGAAACAGUCGGCACGCAGCCUGCAGUUAUUAACGAUGAAGAGGUCAGCGGGUGCAGGGGAAGCCUUGGAAUAUGUGCCGCGAGCGCGCUACCUCACGCCUCUGGCUACCAAGGCAUCCCCACGUCCCCUCGUCCUCUUCCCGAAGCCGUAUUGCUAGUAAGGUGGUGCGGGACUUUCUUACACGUGUUUUCUCUCCGCACAGCUCGGCCCUCCUUCCUCGUGCAACCGAAGGACCAGCGAGUCGGCCUCGGCCGCAUGGCAAUAUUCGAGUGCGUCACGACCGGAAAUCCGCCACCAGCUGUAUUCUGGAGCAAGGAGGGCAGCCAGGUGCUGAUGUUUCCCGGGCAGAAGCACGGCCGCUUCACGGUGACGGCCGAGGGCGAGCUGGGCAUCGCCACGGUGAUGGAGGAGGACGAGGGCUACUACGUCUGCUCGGCUCUCAGCGUCGCCGGCAGCUCGAUCGCCAAGGCCUACCUCGAAGUGACUGCAAUCUCGGACAACCCUCCGCCGAUCAUCAGGCAGGGUCCGGACAACCAGACGCUAGCGUUGAACAGCGUCGCCAUGUUGCCGUGCCAGGCAUCGGGCACACCGGCGCCCUCUAUCCGCUGGUACCGCAACACUGUGCCACUGCUGAAGAACGACCCACGCAUCACCCUGCUCAACUCCGGCACGCUGCAGAUAUCCGGUUACUUCAGUCUGGAUCUGCAGGAAGGCUGGGUGACCGUCGACGACAAGAUUCCGACUAACUCGUUCGUCAUCCGCGGCCUGCGUCCGGGAACGCGGUAUGUGUUCCUCGCACGCACCAUGAACAACCACGGCCUGAGCUUGCCCAGCCCCAUCUCCGAGACCAUCACAACUAAAGGCGGACCACGGCCGACGGUGGCGCCCUACAACCCCGAGGUGGUGCGGCAGAAGCUGAGCAAGAACCACGUGAAGCUGAAACAGGUGGAGGCAUUGUCGUCCACCGCCAUCAAGCUGUCGUGGGAGGUGACUGGCAACAAGGAGUACCUGCAGGGCUUCUACAUCCGCUACCGGCGCGGCAGCGGCGACUACGAGACGGAGAACCUGCUCGACCCCGACGCGACCUUCUACACGCUCGAGGGCCUCGGCCAGUACGUGCAGUACGACUGCCAGGUGCUGCCAUUCUACGACGCCGUCGAGGGCCGCGUCAGCAACACCGUCACGCAGCGCACCCUGGAGGACGUGCCUUCAGCGCCACCUGGUAACAUCCGACCGGUCGUGACCAGCCUGACCAGCAUGACAGUGUACUGGGACCCGCCACCAGCAGACAGUAGGAAUGGCAUCAUACGCAGCUACAAGGUGUACUGCCUCGGCAGCGACACGAAGUCAGACGAGAAUCGCACGGUGGACGGUGGCGACACCUACCUUGCGCUGAGCAACCUGACAACGGGCAUGGAGUAUCGCGUGCAGAUCGUCGCCGAGACGAUCAAGGGCGUCGGCGUGCUCAGCGAGAUAGUGCCAAUCACCAUCGACGAGGCAGCGCUGGCGGCGAACGACCCGACGCUGGGCGACAAGUUCUCGGAGCUGGUCAAGGAGCCAUGGUUCAUCGGCGUCAUCGGCGGCAUUCUCGUCGUGCUGCUCGCAAUCCUCACCAUCUGGCUCGUCCGCCGCAGGUGCCGCCGCAGCAAGAAGCUGCUCAAGACUCAUUACAACGCUGUGCCCGUGAAGACGGAUGAGACGCACCGUGCCAACCUGAAUGCUCGUGAGGCGCUGUGGGCCGAGCACAACCACGUCGCCCUGCUAGCCGAGCUGCAGAAGGAGAACAACCUACUCAGCAAGUUCGACAUGCCACAGCACAACGAUCUGAACAGUGCGUCCGACUACGCCGAGGUCAACAACAUACACACGCCGAACCUGAAAACGUUCUACAGACAGCCGCCCGGCCUCACCCAGCCGUACGCCAGUACGAACGUACUCAUCGGCAAGCCGACCAACAACAUGGAGCGACCGCCUAUUCCGCAGCUGCCGGAGAGCCAGCGCGGUUUCGUGCCCAUCGCCGCGUCUCCGCACCAGGCGAGGUCGGACCGCAUGUGCUCGGGCUCCGACGACAGCUGUGUGAAGCCGGAGGGCGUCAGCAGCGACACGAACACCGACAACAGUCGGCCGAACACAGGUUCGUCCCAGCUACGGUAUAUGCAUGCCGCCGACGACUGCGUAGACGACAUGGUUCACGACCCGCACGUCUACUCGGAACACGAGCGCAUGAUGAGCCCGCACUACAGCGCCGGCGGCGGCGCGGGCGCGUACGACGAUGGCGGCGCCCUCGCGUGCCGCAUGCGGCCAGCAAGCCGCAGUUCCGCGCGCCGCCGCAGCCCGGCCAGACGCGCCCGACGUGCUGACUUCGCCGACAUGCUUCCCCGCCCCCCGGAGCACCCGCCCCCCCGACGGACAUCGACUCUCCCCAGACACCCCGCCCCGCAUGCACAGCCCGACGCGCGCGGCGGUCGCGGCGGCGUCGCGGGGAGCCAGGGCUCCAGCGAAUACAGUGAGUAUGCAGGUCGGAAGCAGGGGUGUGCAGUCGACGCGACGCGGCACGCGAGGCAGUCUGAUUGUGAUAGGAGAGAUGCCUGCUGA